AUGGCCGCAAUCAAUCAGCUUUACCACCAUCGGCUUGCACCCUCGAAUUCCAGUAACCUCACCAUGGAAGCGAGACGCUAUAUUACGAACACACUGCUCAGUACACACAUCGAAUUCAGAUUUGCUCAAGAUGAAUGGAAAGUACGGCGAUACAUAACCCAUAAGUACCCUGAAUGGAAUGCAAAGGAUAAAACAAAGCUUACCCGUGGAAUUCCCUCUAUCAAUAACUCUGGUAAACGCAAGGGUGAUGAGAUGUUGAAGAAAGAAAAGAAGAAAUUAAGAACUGGAAAAGAUAAGAAUGCACCUCCGCUAGGCACAGAGAUCAUCGACCUAGACAACGAUGAACUGAUUGCAACACCAAUAACCUCGGAAAAAGCUCAACCCACUUCAAUUAGCAACUCAGUUCCUCAGUCGAGCCAUCUCCAAUCAUCUGUCUCAAGUUUGUCUCCUCAGUUGAGCUUUCUUCAAUCCUCUGUAUCUGCCUCAUCUUCUGCACCUGCUCGAUCUACUGCUAUUUAUGCGGCCUCCAUUUCUGUGGUAGCAACUUCCACUGCUCUUCUCUCGGAUUCAACAAGUCUUGACAAAGUGAUGGCCCCAAGCUUCAAUGCCGUACCCUCUACAGCUAUCUUGACCAGCAGCGAACAUGCCCCAUCUCCAAUUGCACCCAUCGAAGGUGACAAAUCGCUGCCUGUGGGUGAACCUAACAAGGCUGUGAAUUCAGUGGCUACAUCAACCAAUGGCGACCCAGCCCCACCUGAAACCGUGCUUAUUGAUGACAGCGGUGGAAUUAUCACAGCUUCAGAUGAGCUAUCAUCUGCUCGGCGUUGUAUUAAUCCUUUGGCGGGUCUCACUAUUCCAUCAACUAUAUCACUUUUGCAAGCUCCUCCAUCUCCGUCAUCAAAUCCUCUGACUACGAUCUCAACUACUACGGCUCCAAAGCCAAAGAAGUUUGCCAGUGUUUCACCAAACCUGUUCAGUGCACGGAAUAUGUAUCUCAAAGAAUACUUGGCCAAUUCAGCAAAUGUGCGGCUAACAACUGACGAAUUCAAAUGCAUUUGGGAUCAGAAGAAGAAGGACCCAGUCCUUGUCAAGGCAAGUACCAUUACCUCAUCUCCUUGGCCUUGA